AGAUGGCCGGCGGCGGAGGCCGGGUCCCGGCGUGAGCCGAGCGCCGGCUGCAGCACCGGCCAUGUCCCAGCUCAGUGGCCACUAAGACAGAUCCAACAGAGCCGGCUCGCCGGCAAUCCAGGAGACAUGUCUCUACUUUGCGUUGGAGUCAAAAAAGCCAAGUUUGAUGGUGCCCAAGAGAAAUUCAACACGUACGUGACCCUGAAGGUGCAGAAUGUCAAGAGCACAACGAUCGCUGUGCGUGGCAGCCAACCCAGCUGGGAGCAGGAUUUCAUGUUUGAGAUUAACCGCCUGGAUUUGGGGCUGACGGUGGAGGUGUGGAAUAAGGGUCUCAUCUGGGACACAAUGGUGGGGACUGUGUGGAUCCCAUUAAGGACCAUCCGGCAGUCUAAUGAAGAGGGCCCUGGAGAGUGGCUGACGCUGGAUUCUCAGGUCAUCAUGGCAGACAGUGAGAUCUGUGGCACCAAGGAUCCCACCUUCCACCGUAUCCUCCUGGACACCCGCUUUGAGUUGCCCUUAGACAUUCCUGAGGAGGAGGCACGAUAUUGGGCCAAGAAGCUGGAACAGUUGAAUGCCAUGAGAGACCAAGAUGAGUAUUCAUUCCAAGAUGAGCAAGACAAGCCUCUCCCUGUCCCCAGCAAUCAGUGUUGCAACUGGAAUUAUUUUGGCUGGGGUGAGCAGCAAAAUGAUGACCCCGAUAGUGCAGUAGAUGACCGAGACAGUGAUUACCGCAGCGAGACCAGCAACAGUAUCCCGCCGCCCUAUUACACUACAUCCCAGCCCAAUGCUUCAGUCCACCAGUAUUCCGUCCGCCCACCUCCCCUAGGUUCCCGAGAAUCCUACAGUGACUCCAUGCACAGUUAUGAGGAGUUCUCCGAGCCACGGGCCCUCAGCCCCACAGGCAGCAGCCGCUAUGCCUCCUCUGGGGAGCUGAGCCAGGGCAGCUCACAGCUAAGCGAGGACUUCGAUCCCGACGAGCAGAGCCUACAGGGCUCUGAGUUGGAGGACGAAAGGGACCGGGACUCCUACCACUCGUGCCACAGCUCGGUCAGCUACCACAAGGACUCACCACGCUGGGACCAGGACGAGGAGGAGUUGGAUGAAGAGCUGGAUGAGGAACUGGAUGAGGAUCUGGAGGACUACCUGGAGGAGGAGGAGGAGGAGCUGCCUGAGGAUGAGGAGGAGCUGGAGGAGGAGGAGGAAGUGCCAGAUGACAUUGACGACUAUGUCAAGGAGGCUGCUGUCCCCGAGCCCAAGGACUUCAAGCGCAUCAGCCUCCUGUCAGAGAAGGAAGACAAAGCCCCGGCGGCACCUGCUGAGGCCCCAGAAGUGGCCAAGGAGGUCCCAGAACCACCUGCACCAGAGGAGACGCCCGCAGCUGAGCGGGCACCUGAGCCAGAGCCCCCCAAGGAUGAGGAGAGGCUGAGAGAAAAUGAGGAAGGCCAGGAGGGUCAGGAUUCCAUGUCCAGGGCCAAAUCCAACUGGCUUCGAGCUUUCAACAAAGUGAGGCUGCAGCUGCAAGAGGCCCGGGGAGAAGGAGAGAUGUCCAAAUCCUUGUGGUUCAAAGGCGGGCCUGGAGGUGGUCUCAUCAUCAUAGACAGCAUGCCGGACAUCCGAAAGAGGAAGCCCAUCCCACUGGUCAGCGACCUGGCCAUGUCUCUGGUCCAGUCCAGGAAAGCCGGCAUCACCUCAGCCUUGGCCUCCAGCACUUUGAACAACGAGGAGCUGAAAAACCACGUUUACAAGAAGACCCUGCAAGCCUUAAUCUACCCCAUCUCAUGCACUACGCCGCACAACUUCGAGGUGUGGACGGCCACCACGCCCACCUACUGCUACGAGUGCGAGGGGCUGCUGUGGGGCAUCGCACGGCAGGGCAUGCGCUGCACGGAGUGCGGCGUCAAGUGCCACGAGAAGUGCCAGGAUCUGCUCAACGCAGACUGCCUACAGCGGGCGGCGGAGAAGAGCUCCAAGCACGGAGCGGAGGACCGAACCCAGAACAUCAUCAUGGUGCUCAAGGACCGCAUGAAGAUCCGGGAGCGGAACAAGCCCGAGAUCUUCGAGCUCAUCCAGGAGAUAUUCGCUGUGACCAAGACAGCACACACGCAGCAGAUGAAGGCGGUCAAGCAGAGCGUGCUGGACGGCACGUCCAAGUGGUCGGCCAAGAUCAGCAUCACCGUGGUCUGUGCCCAGGGCUUGCAGGCAAAAGACAAGACGGGAUCCAGUGACCCCUAUGUCACUGUCCAGGUGGGGAAGACCAAGAAACGCACAAAAACCAUCUAUGGGAACCUGAACCCAGUGUGGGAGGAGAACUUCCACUUUGAAUGUCACAACUCCUCUGACCGAAUCAAGGUGCGUGUCUGGGAUGAGGAUGAUGACAUAAAAUCCCGAGUGAAGCAGCGGUUCAAGAGGGAAUCCGAUGACUUCCUUGGGCAGACAAUCAUCGAGGUGCGGACGCUCAGUGGCGAGAUGGACGUGUGGUACAACCUGGACAAGAGAACUGACAAAUCUGCUGUGUCUGGUGCCAUCCGGCUACAUAUCAGUGUGGAGAUCAAAGGCGAAGAGAAAGUGGCCCCCUACCAUGUCCAGUACACCUGUCUGCAUGAGAACCUGUUCCACUUUGUGACGGACAUGCAGAACAAUGGGGUCGUGAAGAUCCCAGAUGCCAAAGGUGACGACGCCUGGAAGGUUUACUACGAUGAGACAGCCCAGGAGAUCGUGGAUGAGUUUGCCAUGCGUUACGGCGUUGAGUCCAUCUACCAAGCCAUGACCCACUUUGCCUGCCUCUCCUCCAAGUACAUGUGCCCUGGGGUGCCCGCCGUCAUGAGCACCCUUCUCGCCAACAUCAACGCCUACUAUGCGCACACCACCGCCUCCACCAAUGUGUCCGCCUCUGACCGCUUUGCCGCCUCCAACUUUGGGAAAGAGCGCUUUGUGAAGCUCCUGGACCAGCUGCAUAAUUCCCUGAGGAUCGAUCUUUCUAUGUACCGGAAUAACUUCCCAGCCAGCAGCCCCGAGAGACUCCAGGACCUCAAAUCCACUGUGGACCUUCUCACCAGCAUCACCUUCUUUCGGAUGAAGGUGCAAGAACUUCAGAGCCCACCCCGAGCCAGCCAGGUGGUAAAGGAUUGCGUGAAAGCCUGCCUCAACUCUACUUAUGAGUACAUCUUCAACAACUGUCAUGAACUCUACAGUCGGGAGUACCAGACAGACCCGGCCAAGAAGGGGGAAGUUCCCCCAGAGGAACAGGGUCCCAGCAUCAAGAAUCUUGACUUCUGGUCCAAACUGAUCACUCUUAUAGUGUCCAUCAUUGAGGAAGACAAGAAUUCCUACACUCCCUGCCUCAAUCAGUUUCCCCAGGAGCUGAAUGUGGGUAAAAUCAGUGCUGAAGUGAUGUGGAACCUGUUUGCCCAGGACAUGAAGUAUGCUAUGGAGGAGCAUGACAAGCAUCGUCUGUGCAAGAGCGCCGACUACAUGAACCUCCACUUCAAGGUCAAAUGGCUCUACAAUGAGUACGUGGCCGAGCUUCCUGCCUUCAAGGACCGUGUGCCUGAGUAUCCUGCGUGGUUUGAGCCCUUUGUCAUCCAGUGGCUGGACGAGAAUGAGGAGGUGUCCCGGGAUUUCCUGCAUGGGGCUCUGGAGCGAGACAAGAAGGAUGGGUUCCAGCAGACCUCAGAGCAUGCCCUGUUCUCCUGCUCCGUAGUGGACGUCUUCUCCCAGCUCAACCAGAGUUUUGAAAUAAUCAAGAAACUGGAGUGCCCAGACCCCCAGAUUGUGGGGCACUACAUGAGGCGCUUUGCCAAGACCAUCAGCAACGUGCUGCUCCAGUAUGCAGACAUCAUCUCCAAGGACUACGCCUCCUACUGUUCCAAGGAGAAGGAGAAAGUGCCCUGCAUCCUCAUGAACAACACUCAGCAGCUACGAGUUCAGCUAGAGAAGAUGUUUGAAGCCAUGGGAGGGAAGGAGCUGGAUGCUGAGGCCAGUGACAUCUUGAAGGAGCUCCAGGUGAAACUCAACAAUGUCUUGGAUGAGCUCAGCCGGGUGUUUGCUACCAGCUUCCAGCCACAUAUAGAGGAGUGUGUCAAGCAGAUGGGUGACAUCCUUAGCCAGGUGAAGGGCACAGGCAAUGUGCCAGCCAGUGCCUGCAGCAGCGUGGCCCAGGAUGCUGACAACGUCUUGCAACCCAUCAUGGACCUGCUUGACAGCAACCUCACUCUCUUUGCCAAAAUCUGUGAGAAGACGGUGCUGAAGCGAGUACUGAAGGAGUUAUGGAAGCUGGUCAUGAACACUAUGGAAAAGACCAUCGUCCUGCCACCCCUCACUGACCAGACGAUGAUCGGCACCCUCUUGAGAAAACAUGGCAAGGGAUUAGAAAAGGGCAGGGUGAAAUUGCCAAGCCACUCAGAUGGAACCCAGAUGAUCUUCAAUGCAGCCAAGGAGCUGGGUCAGCUGUCUAAACUCAAGGACCACAUGGUACGAGAAGAAGCCAAGAGCUUGACUCCAAAGCAGUGUGCAGUAGUGGAGCUGGCCCUGGAUACCAUCAAGCAAUACUUCCACGCGGGGGGCGUUGGCCUCAAGAAGACCUUCCUGGAGAAGAGCCCGGACCUGCAGUCGCUGCGUUACGCCCUGUCUCUUUAUACGCAGGCCACCGACCUGCUCAUCAAGACCUUCGUGCAGACGCAAGCAACCCAGGUCCAUGGUGGAAAAGGGACUAGGUUUACUCUUAGUGAAGACAUUUAUCCUGAGAAGGGCUCGGGUGUGGAAGACCCUGUGGGCGAAGUCUCUGUCCAUGUUGAGCUCUUCACUCAUCCAGGAACUGGGGAGCAAAAGGUCACAGUGAAAGUGGUGGCUGCCAAUGACCUCAAGUGGCAAACUUCUGGCAUUUUCCGACCCUUCAUCGAGGUCAACAUCAUUGGACCCCAGCUUAGUGACAAGAAACGCAAGUUUGCGACCAAAUCCAAGAACAACAGCUGGGCCCCCAAGUACAAUGAGAGCUUCCAGUUUACGCUGAGCGCGGACGCUGGCCCCGAGUGCUACGAGCUGCAGGUGUGCGUCAAGGACUACUGCUUCGCUCGUGAGGACCGCACGGUGGGGCUGGCCGUGCUGCAGCUCCGUGAGCUGGCCCAGCGCGGAAGUGCCGCCUGCUGGCUUCCGCUCGGCCGCCGCAUCCACAUGGACGACACCGGCCUCACAGUGCUGCGCAUCCUGUCUCAGCGCAGCAAUGACGAGGUGGCCAAGGAGUUCGUCAAGCUCAAGUCGGACACGCGCUCUGCGGAGGAGAGCGGGGCUGCGCCUGCGCCCUAGCGCGGGGCGCGCGGGCGGGCGCAGUGCUCCAGUGCGGGCGAGUGGGGUGGUGCGGCGCCUGCACCCCAGAACCCCAGAGGGCGAACCCCGGGCUCGGAGCCGAGAACCCGCGGCGCCUGCCCCCUUCACUUAGCUAACUCCUCUGGGCAACUGUGAAUUGACGACGCCUCUCCCCCUCAAAAGGCUACGCCCCAGGCGCUAGGAAUAAGGAAGCCACAAACCCCACGGAAGGCCACGCCCCGUAGAGCCGGGGGGCGGGGUCUUUCAAGCUGGGAUGGGAGGAAGCCCCGCCCCAGCGGAGGAGGCUGGCCCGGCUGUGGUGGCACGAGGCCCCGCCUCCUGCCCCAGGAAAAGCCAUAAGAUAGGUCCCCAAAGUCUGGGUCCCAGUACUAAUUGCCAAGUGUGGAAUUCGGCUCCAGUGAGGGGCGGGGCCUGGGCAAGGGGCAGGACCUCCUUAGCAGCCCUUGGAGUGACCUGGGGGCUAGGGGACUACGAUACCUGUUGUAGGGCCCAGGGCGGACCGGAGUCUAGAUGUUCGUGCAAAAAAUAAAUGGGGAGGGGAGGGAUUGGAAUUUCAAAAGCACAUGCGCUCUCUCGGGCGCCCAAACCCUGGGGGUCGAGGGGAUGGUUCUGGGACACCGGCGCUGUCCCGCUUCCCAAUGAGGGUUUGCCACCCCUUUCACCCCCCACAUACCCGGUCCUCACCUCAGCGUUAAACCCAUCCCUUUGACAGAUGGUGAAUGGAGGCCCAGAAAACUGCUUGCGUUUCUGCAGGGGGGUCCCAGUGCCAUGCCCUCUUCCCCUUUCCUUUGAUCUGUGUGCCCCACGGAAGGGUGGCUGAAAUCGGGUGAUCCGGCACAGCUCCCAUUGCUGCUAACCCCCCCCCCACCUUCCUCAAUCCUUACAAGGUGUGGGGUGUCCUAGGCCAAGGCCCCCACUGCUCCCUCCCACCUCUGGCUGCCAAGCAAAACCCCUGCCCUCAGCCUUUUCCACUGGGACCCCAGGAGGAGAUAUCCUAAGAACUCUUAAUCUCCCCUCAAAAGGAUUGAGGAUAUGGAAUCCCCAGAACCCAGGAACCACCUCCCCCCCCAACCCCUCCUUCCUCUCCAGGCAGGAAAGAACAGAAAGAGACCAGAAACUCUAGGGUUGUGUGCGUGUGUUUGUGCGUAUGCACACACGUGUGUGAGAAUAUACAAAUGUGCUUGGAGCCUAGUCUUUGAAAUCUCAUUUACGCAUUCAUUCAAACACCCAGGUCACAGGAUGCCUCUGGUGGGGCCUCUACCUGUCUAAAGUCCUUCCAGCAGGUAAUGUUGGGGCUAUUUUGCCUUAGUCAUUUUCCCACCUCUUAGAUCCUGCAGACAGAGCUUUUGGGAAAGUUUGAUGUGGCUUAUCUUUGCCCAGGGUCUGCUUUUCUGCGUUGUACCCAUGCAUGAAUAGCAAGGGUUUUUCUGCAGGCCUGGGAAAUACAGAAUUGUGCUGCACUAGACAGACAUUAAAUCAGGAUGAGCUGGGAAUCUCUGGCCUCAGAGUGGUGGGGGUUUUGUCAGAUUACAAAAGGUGAGGGAGGGCUUUCUGAGAAGGUAAAAAAAAUGAGAUGACACCACUUGUGAGAGAGAAAAGCACUCCAGGCAGAAGGAAUGACAGGUGCAAACACUGGGAAAGGUAGGCUUGAAGCACCACAGGAAGGUUGUGUGGUUGGAUCUGAGCCAAGGAGGGUGGAUUUCAGGUUUCAAAAGCUCUCUCACAGAGAAUGGCUAAAGUGGUGGGAUGGAUGGGCAAAGAAAUUAAUUAUUGGAAAGAUUUGAAGGGUAUUUGAUGAGGGGAAACAAACCCUACCUUAGAUGAGCCUAGGGUCACAGGGCACAUUUAUCCCAGGCGUGCAUGCCCUGGGGUUCAGCCUCCCUAAGGAGGCCGCAUACAAAGCUUAGAUAUUAAGCUUUGUAUGUGUCUAGAAGAAGAUUUGCUGUUUUCCAAGUAUUUGGUGUCCUCUAAAUUCAGGUGGGUUGAAUGAUUGAAGGUUCCGAAUCAGAUUGUGACACAAGUUCUCAUUCAGGACAAUGGGUGAAGGAGGCCCCCACAGGGAUAAGCGCGGGCUAGAAGGUGAUUUAGUGGGGAACAAGGAGUCUCUGUCACAUGGGACAAGGGACAGAUUUGAAACUCUGAUCAUCCAACAGGCAGAGGUGGGGUGGAUAAGUAACUUGGGAACGAACCUGCUAACCUAUGAAAGAUUUUGGCAUGAAAAGAGGAUGUUAACAUCCGCCUGAAAAAAACCAAGAUAUUUCCCGAAAGAUUCCUUGGGAGUCUCUCUGGUCAAGGGGUGUGUGUGUGUGUGUGUGUGUGUGUGUGUGUGUCCCAGCAUGGAUUCAGUCAUGUGGAGAAAGCCUAGGAAUACUUAUCGAAUGAUUUAUUUUCUGGCUCCCAGACUAGACCGGGUAGGAAAUUUCCUCUUUUCUUUUCCUGGAGAACUCCUAUUCAUCCCUAAACCCAUUACAGAAGUCUCCUAUAGAAAACCUUUCUCCCUCAGGACUUCUCUAGCCUCUGUCCCUCUGGCCUUGCUGUAAUGUCAUGGGGUUGGGGGUGUCUGCAGCAGAUCCUGUUUGCCCCAGUUUGGGGUCCCAGGUCUCUCUCGAGCCACAAAUUCACCCAGCACAGGGGGAUGACAGGGAGGCUGUGUUCAGCUGAAUUGUCUGUGAGACUGAGGUCUGUGUGCCCCCGCACCCAUGGGCGUAUCUGUCCUGUCUUUGUGCCAUCCUCCCUCCCACACAGACCUGAGGCAUUCCAGCCAGACUAUCUAUGGGUGAGCCAAAGGCCACAGUGAAGAGGGGAUAAGGAAACGGGAGGGAACUCAGAGGACUGGAAGUGUGACGCGACUCAGUCCCUGUAGCAGAGCAAAGCCCAACAAGUGGCCAGAGUGCCCUACUCCAAGGACACCUCUGGGCUUUUACCACCUAAUCCGGGUGCCUGGGGUGCUGAGCCCUGUCAGCGUCUUGGAACUGCAUUGGACCACGGUUUGAGGCAGGAGCUGACCCCAUCCCCAUCCCCGAGCAGGGAUUGGAUAAAGUAGGAGUGGCCCCGAUGAGGCAGGGUAUGGCACUGAGUAAGCCAUGUCUCCAGCAGUCAGUCAGUCCUUCGUCUCCCAUAGAGAGACCCAUAGAGAGACCGAGGCACAUGAUGGGGACACAGAGAGAGGAAGGGCGGGAGGGAAGGCAAAUGAGAAGGGAAGAAAUCAAAAUGGUAGGUCACACCAGGGUGGGGACAGAGAGACUUUGAAAUGGAGGGAGACUCAGCUGGGGAGAAGCAGAGGGGGUGUGACUAGGAGAGGGGAUUCAAAGGAGGGGGUGCCGCUGUUCUCUCUGACUCUCCGCAGUCUGUCCUUACAGGAUUUACAUAAAGUGAGGAGGUGCCUGGCCAUGCACCCCAAUCCCUCCGACUCAGGCGAGGAGUCUGAAACCUCACCGUGCCCCCCCCAUCAGAGAUGCAAAAAAACUUAACACCCAACUAGAAAUCCUUAGGACCUCUCUCGGCUGGGACCUCAGAGACCUUCCUGUCCCCCACCCCUAACCCCCUGUGCUGUCCAUUUUACAGAUGGGGACACUGAGGGGUGGGGCAGCGUGGGGACAGUUCAGAGUUGCCCCAAACUCUGAAUCGUCAAGGACCAAAGUUGUCUUUGCUGACACGUGUUGCUUUUCUCUUCGCUUUUAAUUUUUUUAAAGAGCGAAAUCAAGUUGACAGUGUCCAGUAAGACCUCCUAUCCCCGCUCCUGCCCAGCCACUGUGGCUCUUUUGAGACACAGGUCACAGGCGGAGUGUCCCCCUGCAUAUCAUCAGCCACACAGCCAGGGGGACAUGGAUCCCCACCUCUGACCCCAACCUCCCACAGACCCCAAACCCAGCCACACAGUCCAGGGAGGUUCGUCCUCCAUACACCUCUUAGCAUGUGAUUGCAAAUGUGAAAUCAAAAUGCUGUUUAUUUUAAUUCCAUCCUGUCAGUCUGGCAUCUACACAGAUGCCCCAUUUCUCUGUAAAUAUGUGACUUGGAACAAAUGUUUAAAACCAACGAGAAGUGGUCAUGAAUGCAUGGUGUUGAGAUGUUUUGCACUAUUCUGAAUUUUUGGUCUCUAAAAAUAUUUUAUUAACAGCAGACAUUAAAAAAAAGCAAAUCACA